AUGACUUUUUUACGCGGAGUUCGUCAAUUAAAAGUUUAUGCUUUACGCCCCAAAAGACGUCUGCAAUUUAGGAUUUUUAGCACUAAUUCCUUGGAACAAAAUACAAAUACUAAGACGAGUCCAAGUUCUUCCGAUAGCUGGCGUUUUCUUUUCGAAGACGUACUUGCCAAAAAAGAUGUAGAGGAACCUCCCAAGACACAACAUACCACGCCACAAGUCGAACCUCUACCAAGCAGUAAGCCAGCAAAACGUAUGCUUUCCGCGGAAGAAAAAGAAACUUUCCGGAAAAUUUUCGCCACAUUAUUUGAAAAACCAAAAGCUCCGACGGAAGCAUCAAAAAACGUUGUAAAACCUGAUAUCGAAUUUGAUAAUACCAAAAAAGAAAUGGCACCAACAAAGCCGGAUGAUGGGAUGUCGACUAUAGAACGUCACUUGAUUGAUUUAAUAAAACGAAAAGAACAAUGGGAUGAUAAGUGGGGUGGUAAUAAAAACGAGGGCACUUCGUUUGAUUCGUUUAAAAGUGAAAGAAAAGACUCGGGAUGGUUAAGUGAUCACUUUGAAGCAGUACCCUCAAUGUCUAGUCGUAGUACUCCGUCAUUGGGAAUUAAGAAACAUGAAAAAUCACCGGAAGAACAAGCUGUUACUAAUGACAUCAAAGAGGAAAUUACUUCAAAUUGUACUAAUAAUCGACGAUUAUUCCAAUUCAUCUGGAAUCGCAUUUUUAAAGAUACGAGCACUGAGCCAUCAAAUAACAAAUUAGAAUCCACUGACAAUAGUAAAAGUAAAGAUGAUGCUAGCAGGAAUCUUUUAUCAUUGCUAGGAAAAUCUAAAUUUGAUCCUCAUUACUCAAUUUUACUAGAAGAGGCAAUAACGCUAAGUAGGACGGUAUUUUAUGACCCAUAUAUGGUAUUAUCGAUAUUUGAACAAGCCAAACGUCAAGGGGUCGAAUCAUACAUAAGAGGGGUCUCAACAAAAGUGUACAAUGAAGUUUUACGCACAAGAUGGGACUUUUGGAGGGAUCUUUAUGGGAUGGAACAAUUAAUCAACGAAAUGAGAUUUAAUGGUGUUCAGUUCGAUGAAGAUACCCUGGAUAUAAUAAACACGGUCUCAAAAAACAUGGAAUCCAAUUGGGGCCCUGAAGAAAGACAAACAUUGGGAAAAAUGAAAGAUAUAGUGAUCGGACACGAGACAAGAGGAAGUUUUUUUACACUCGCGGCAGAUAAUUCCUGA